AACAGCGCCAUCUAUGGACGAACACUAGUUCCUCGCGCCUCUUGCCAGCCCGACACACCACCUCCCCAUCGCCGCAAAACACAGCACAGGCCGGGCAACUAUUUUUCUCUCAACAAGGACAACAAGGACUGUCACAAUGUCUGACAUGGAAGACGAUUUCAUGUGUGACGACGAAGAAGACUACGACCUGGAAUACUCAGAAGACAGCAAUUCAGAGCCAAAUGUCGACCUGGAGAACCAGUACUACAACUCCAAAGCACUGAAGGAGGAUGAUCCCAAAGGAGCGCUCAGCAGUUUCCAGAAGGUACUGGAUUUGGAAGGAGAGAAAGGUGAAUGGGGGUUCAAGGCACUGAAACAGAUGAUUAAGAUCAACUUUAAGCUGACUAAUUUCCCAGAGAUGAUGAACAGAUACAAACAGCUGCUUACGUACAUCAGAAGUGCAGUCACCAGGAACUACUCAGAGAAGUCCAUCAACUCCAUUCUGGACUAUAUCUCUACCUCCAAACAGAUGGAUUUGCUACAGGAGUUUUAUGAAACUACGUUGGAUGCGUUAAAGGAUGCAAAAAAUGACAGACUUUGGUUUAAAACCAACACAAAGCUUGGUAAGUUGUAUCUGGAAAGGGAAGAGUAUGGGAAGCUGCAAAAAAUCCUGAGGCAGUUACAUCAAUCUUGCCAGACAGAUGAUGGAGAGGAUGACCUGAAGAAAGGCACACAAUUGUUGGAGAUCUACGCUUUGGAAAUUCAGAUGUACACAGCACAAAAAAACAACAAGAAAUUGAAAGCCUUGUAUGAGCAGUCUCUACAUAUUAAAUCUGCCAUUCCUCAUCCAUUAAUAAUGGGCGUUAUCCGAGAGUGCGGCGGAAAAAUGCAUUUGAGAGAGGGAGAGUUUGAGAAAGCUCACACAGAUUUCUUUGAGGCCUUUAAAAAUUACGAUGAGUCUGGAAGCCCGAGAAGGACAACGUGUCUGAAAUACCUGGUGCUCGCCAACAUGCUAAUGAAGUCAGGAAUAAAUCCUUUUGAUUCACAAGAGGCCAAACCAUACAAAAAUGACCCAGAGAUUCUAGCAAUGACAAACUUAGUAAGCGCCUACCAGAACAAUGACAUCACUGAAUUUGAGAAAAUCUUGAAAACAAAUCACAGUAACAUAAUGGAUGACCCCUUCAUCAGAGAGCACAUAGAGGAACUGCUGCGGAACAUUAGAACUCAAGUACUUAUCAAACUCAUCAAACCAUACACAAGAAUACACAUCCCUUUUAUUUCUAAGGAGCUGAAUAUUGAUGUUUGUGAUGUGGAAAGUCUGCUGGUCCAGUGCAUUUUGGAUAACACAAUCCACGGGCGAAUCGACCAAGUCAACCAGCUAUUAGAACUAGACUACCAGAAGAGAGGAGGGGCUCGCUACACAGCUUUAGACAAAUGGACAAAUCAGCUGAACUCUCUCAACCAAGCCAUUGUGAGCAAGCUCACAUGAUGCCAUUACAAAUCAAGAGACAAGGAAAAAUGGCAUGUUUGAAUACAUCCAUCAAGAAUGCUACUGUGCUUCAGACGAGACACCACAAGAUUUGAAUACAGGCACCGAUUUCAAGAAGACUGCGAGAACCCAGGGAAUGAGUUCAAACUGUGUUGUUUUGUCCUGAGAGGAAAUCACUGAGACUUGUUUUUCAUGUACCAGAUUGGCAGAUCCAUGUGCAGAUAUUUUGGUUGUCCAAUGUGUAUGAGAAAACAUACACAGUAUUUUAAUGUAUACUGUUGCCUGUUGGU